AUGGCGUACGGCUGCCCUUUCGCCGUGGCAAGUAACGCCGCGCCCCGCGGAGCAGCCGGCUGCCCCGUUUUCCUGCUUGUGGGCGCCGCAAUUUGUACCGCGUUCACCGGGCUGCAGGAGGUGGUGCCGGCGGGGUGGCUGCAGCAGCUUCUGGUUCUCCGCUUCUUCUCCGCGGCGCGCGUGGGCGACCGGCCGUGGCGGGACGUCGUCGCAUUUACCGUCGCCGCCGUCGCAACACAGGCGUGCGGCAUGACAGUGGCGUAUGCGGGCAUGUACGCGGUGGAACCCACGGCUCACACGCUCGCCUCCAUGCUGCUCGUGGCCUGCGACGUGCUGCCCAUGACCACCGUGCUGCUGCUGCCCUGCCUCGCUGACUCGCUCUUCCGCUUCACCUACAGGCGCUCACCACACCUGCAACCGCUCGUCUUCCCCCUCGUCUCCGCCUCCAUCUGGACCCUCCUCUCGCUGCUCUCCCCCAUAGGCGCCACUGCUCACCCGCUCUACUCCGUCCGUUCCAUCCUCCCCCUCGUGCAAGCCACUGCGUGGGUGGGCAUGGAUGGGGUGCUGCUGCUACUGGCGUGGCUGGUGGGGGGGAUUCACCAGGUCAUGUGGGAGGAGGAUGCGGUGGGGAGGGGUGUGGAGGGAUGGAGGAGCAGUGGCGGUGGGAGGGUGGUUUGGAAGGAGACAGAAGGGAGAGGGGGAGGGGUUGUGCGGUGCCGGGGGGAUGGGGGGGGAGAAAGGGAGGGGGAGGGGGGCUACAGUCAAUUGUGUGGUGAGGACUGUAAUUGUGGUAGUGCAGUGCGGGAUGGCGGAGGAGCAGGAGGAGCAAGAGAAGGAAGCGGAAGAGGGGGAGGGAGGGGAGGAAGGGACGAGGGAGGAGGAGCAGGUGGCGAAAGCAGGGGGAGGGGAGCCGGCAGCGGGCGGGGGCAUGUGCAAGUCAGCGCGGCACUGCUGGUGGUGCUGAUGGCAGCUGGUUCCGCAAGGGAGGCAGUGUUUUCAUCCAGCUUCUUCCAAAAUCCACUCGCUGAAACCCUCGUUCCCUCCGUCCCUGUAUCCUGCAUUCUCUCACAAGCCUGCACCAACACCAUGCCUCCCCAGCCUCCCUCCUCGCUCGCUCAAUCUACUCAACGUGCUGCAUCUGCUGAAGCAGCAGGAGCUAGGCAGCUGCUGCAAGGAGAAGAGGGGGAGAUAGGGGGGGAGCUGGGGAAAGUGGGGGAGGGAGAUGCGGAAGGGGAAGUAUCCGCAGCAGAAGGAGCCAGAGCAGAAGGAGAUGCAGCAACAGAAACAGCAAAAUCAGCAGCAGCAGUAGCAGCAGGCGCAGCAGCUAGAGAGGCGUGGGAGAAGUGGCAGGCAUGGCGGAUGGCAGGCAUAGCACGGAUGGUGCAGCAGACGCAUCAGAGGGCAAGAGCAGGCGAGGUGUUGAUCCUGUGGUCAGAGGCGGCAGUCAUCCUCCUGAAUGACCAUGAGGAGGCCAAGCUCCUGGCUGACCUCGCUGCCAUCGCCACCGCUGCAAGCGCUAACCGCAUUGCUGCUGCGGCGGCCUCUUCAAGGCCUGCUGCCAAUGCAGACCUGUCGGUUCUUGGCCCGUACAUUGGCGCGUCUUAUAUGAAGCGCAUUGCCCCAGGCAUUGUCCGGGAGCAAUUCACCAACUCGUUCGCCCUCAUCGGCCCCAGCGGCACCCCCAUGCUGCGCUACAACAAGUCGCACCCCGUGCCCUCCGUGGAAGGCAAUGUGCUGCCGGGCGAAGGCACUCUCCCCGUGGUGGACACGCCUCUGGGGAGGCUGUCUGUGGCCAUCUGCUUCGACCUGCAGUUCCCUGCUCUCAUCAGCCAGGCGGGCAGGCAAGGAGUGGACAUUCUGCUGCAGCCCAGCUGGACGUGGGGCGCCAUUGGCCACGUGACUUUCGAGACGGAUGCAGUGAGGGCAGCAGAGAACGGGCUCACACUGCUGCGCUGCUCCUCCAUUGGGGUCUCGGGUGUGGUCUCCCCAUAUUACCGCACCCUUGCUGCACGGUGCGUGCUUUUUGAGCCGUCUCAAUAA